AUGUAUAAACCCAAGAAAGACAAGAAAGCAAGCUCCUACAGAAGUCUGUUGGAGCCAAAACGUUUGCAGAUCAAACAUCAAGCACCACGGACGGUCGAAACAGAUCCGCCUACUCUAGAAAACAAUAUCAACGAAAAAGAGGUAGCAGAAUGUAAAAUAAGAUCAAUUUGUGAAGCGGAACGACCUUACUCUGGAAGUGGAAUGCGUGCCGUAGUAGCGCACAUUGGAAGAAUCUACGGUUGUCUGCUACAGCUGGAAAUAUUCACCCUACCAGCUUCAAAGUUCAGCGCACGCAGCUCACUGGGGUUGAUGCCAACUCAUUGGAAUGAGAUUGGAUCGCAAGCACUUGAACAAGGUGUCACCAAAUAUUGUCUGGCGGAGGUGGUUCUACGCUCACGGGCGACCGUUUUGUCCAUAGAAGGAGUACAACGUAAAAAUUUUGGUGAACUGAAACUGGUAACUGCCACUAGCGCAUCUUUCAGUCUCUUUGAGUUUAAGACAUCACAGCUUCUAAGCAAUUUCCGCCUGUGGAUUUUAGCUCAACCUUAA